AUGGUGAAAAACAUACCUCAAGAACUUAAGCCUGUAGCUAAGCUCGAAACUGCUACGGAUCCUAGACCAUCUAACUUUAAUCCUGAAGAAUUUGAUUCCAGUUCUCAAGAAAUGCAUGAGCCUAUCCCUUCAUUAGAUGCUUGCAAUCCAAAAAAGCCGAGCUUGGCAAAAGCUAAAAAGUCUCAAAUAAAAUUUGAGAACACUGCUGUUGGAUGUUUGAUUCAAUAUCUAACCAUCCCUUUAAAUUUGAAAAAAAUUGAUAAUUUUUUAUUUUGCUAAAAUUAAGGCCCUUUAAAAGAAAAAAUUAUAAUUUUAAUAGAGAUUAAUAAUUUCUAUUAAGCUUUAUUAUCAGAUUAAUUAGAAAUGAAUUAUUUUUAUUCCAGUUUAAAGGUAGGAGUAAGGAAAAACAGCCCAAGCUCCUUACUUCCUCGCUUAGUAUGCGAAAUAGGUUUUUUCCUUGAUCGAAAAGAGUUAAUUUAUUUUAAUAUCGAUUAUUUUUUUUCUGAUCUAAAAGACUAAAAAGGGCCUUAAUUUAAUUAUUGAAUUUAUCAGCCUUAUGAAAAUAUUUGGGUUUUUCACAGGGAGUUAGAAGAUAUUGUCCGACAUGUAAAAUCAGUCGAAAGCAGCUUGAUAACGACUGGUGGAACAAAAUUUAGACUAAAUGCCUUUAAAAUCGCUGAUCAUGCUAUAUCAUGGAACCCAAAGCUAUUUUUGUUGGAUAGACACUUCAAUUAUUGUCUGAAUGUAACCAAAAAUUAGGAAACAAAAGCUGCAGAAGUCGAAGAAAAUUUUAAAAAUAGAGAUGCAAGAAAAGCCCAGCAAGAAAGAGAGUCAAAGGAAAGGAGCAAUAAAAGACUGCAACUGCAAAUAGAGAAAAGAAAAAGCUGGGAAAAGAUAAGAAAAAUCAUCAUGAAUGAUUUAAGCGGGGAUAUGGAUGACCCAUCAUAUCUGACGAAGGUGUUUCUCAUUUUGACAUCAGGCAAUAAAGAACUCGCAAGUAAGGUGACUAAAGAAAUCAGGCUGGCUUAUUUCAACAUGAUAAAAAAUAAAAAUUCUAAUUCUUCUUAA